AUGAAGAAGUACGAGGCGGAGCAACGUACAGCUCAGCGAAUGAAUCGACAGCCAAACCGCUACCCAGAUCGACGUACUUUGCUCCAACCUUCACACGAAAGCCUUGACAUGCCGGAUGUGGAGAUGGAGUCGGUGGGGUCGGACAUUUACCAACAUAUCCAUGAGGCGGCGGAAUGCGACCCGGAUGAUCUAUGGAUGCCCGAACCACGGCGCCCUCAAGUAGCCGCGACCGGUGCGACUACCGGAGGGGGAAACAUCACGCAGAGGAUCAGAAUCUCAGCGAUUUCUGAGCUGAAGGAAUUCUCAGGGAAGGAUCGGGAAGAAGACAAAGCAUGGACCUGGAUCGGCAAAGUGAAAUCAGCGUUUAUCCGGGACCAAGCACCGGACGAGGAGAGAUGUCUGGUCUUCAGUGAUCUCAUGGUGGGCCCAGCCCGCUACUGGUACCGACAGCUGAGUAGAUCGACGAGAUUCAAUUGGAAAGAAUUGAUGAACAGUUUUCUUGUGGAGUAUGCGGGGCACGGGAUGUCCGCGAGCAGGCAAUACUACCAUGCAAAGAAACGAUCGGAGGAAGAUCCUUUGCAGUACCUGUAUCGGCUUAAUGUGAUGGGAAUGCAGGCGAAGAUACCGGUGAUGACUGGAUUGCCAGCUGCGCGCAAGGAACAUGUCAAUCAUUUCAUUGACACCUUGGACGACCCCGAUCUGUCCAAUCAAUUGCUACUGCUGAAUGUAGAAGACGCGGAGGCCAUGCAAAAGACACUGCACGGAUAUCAACAAGGGAGAUCGCGUCAAGGGAAAGUGAUGAUGGGAUCGUCCAAAUUCAGACAGAAGGGAACUCAGGGUCCAGCGCUGUCUAAGCCUGCACGAGCGGAUUUGGAAGGUCGAUUGAGAUCGAUCCAUGUGGCUGCUACUGCGGAUCGCCGUUCAUUCCCCAAUGACGUUGCAGCAAACGCGAGAUCGGUCGACCCGAACACUCGUCAAGACUAUCAAGACCGCAAUGUGCCAGUGAAGCCGUGUACUCAUUGCGGAUCGACCAAGCAUGGAGAUCUCGGUUGUUGGAAGCGGCUCACUUGCCAGAAGUGUGGGCGUAAAGGACACCCCUCUGACAAUUGUUUUUUCGUGUGUCGUGCUUGCGGUGAGAUGCACGACCCGGGGAAGUGUCCCAUGGAGGAGUUCUACAACAUGAUCCGUCAGUGGUACGUCCCGAAUAAGCAUGCGGGGAUGCUACCAGAGAAGGCCUAG